UCAACAGUCAGCUGGUGGAGCGGGCCGCCAUAGACGUUUGUACUUCGCAGUCUCUUGGCGAUUCAACCGCCGACAGUCGCCGCUCUUCGCUGAACUACACUAUUGAUCGCAUCCAUUCACAAUGUUUUGACGUUCCAGUGUGAAACAUAAAUAAAAGUACAACUCCAGUACUGUACCCGGCUCAUAGUGAAAGUUACUUCGUUUUAGUUCAAUUUACACUGUUAGCGUUAUUCUUAUUAGAUCUAUAUUAAAUCGAAAUGAGAGACAACAGUACGCGCGAUGGCGCUCACGAAAGCAUGUUGGGAAAGGCCAAAAAACCCCAGGUCACCAGCAAGAAGGUGCAAAGUCAAGAAGAAUACGAAGCACUCCAAAGUUUCCUGCGCAGCAUCAGUUCAACAGCAACACUGCCUCCGUAUGUUAAAGGAGAGACUUACUCGUCUGUCCGUGGCGUAUUCAAUCAGUGUUUAAUAACAUGCGCGGUGUUAAUACUAGCUGCUGGUGCCGGUCACCCUAUAGGCUUCUCGGCGGUUGCGCUCCCACAACUAAGGACGGAGAACUCGACUAUGAGAAUCAACGAUGACAUGGGCUCUUGGAUAGCGAGUAUUCACUCGGCGGCGACUCCGCUUGGCUCCAUGUUGUCGGGGCCCAUUAUGGAGGCGAUAGGUCGGAAAAGAACCCUUCAAGCAUCGACUCUCCCACUAGUUAUAGGUUGGAUCCUCAUUGGAACAUCAACACACCAUGCAUUGCUUUUACUAGGAAGGAUUGUUUGCGGCUUCGCCGUCGGUAUUCUAGCAGCGCCUUCACAAGUGUACUUAGGAGAGAUAUCAGAACCCCGACUGCGAGGGUUGUUGAUAGGCACCCCGUUCGUGGCUUAUUCCUUAGGAGUGCUAUAUGUGUACGCAUUGGGUGGAGCGCUGUCAUGGCGGGCUGUAGCCCUACUCUCUAUCGUACUACCCACACUAGCAUUCAUAGCCUUAUGCUUCUCACCCGAGAGCCCCACCUGGCUAGCACGACGAGGAAGAUUCCACGACGCUAUGGCCGCCAUGGCCAGACUCCGAGGAGAUCCUGAUACGGCGCAACGUGAGCUCCACGAACUAAUAUCAGCACGGGAGAAAGAAAAGGCACGCGGUGAAGAAACCAUUCGCUUCUUGGCAACAGUGUUGCGGGCUCCUGUACUGAAACCGUUGAUCCUCAUCAAUGCCUUCAACAUGCUGCAAAUACUCUCCGGCAGCUACGUAGUUAUCUUUUACGCCGUCGACAUUGUCAAAGACGCGGGAGGAUCCUUAAGCCCCACUAUGGCAGCAAACGCCAGUGCUUUGGUCCGUUUGUUGGUAACAGUAGUGGCUUGUGUUGCACUGCUGAGGGUAACACGUCGCGCGCUAGUACUCGUCUCUGGUAUAGGAACCGCGUUGUUCACACUCGCGCUCUCGGGCUUGCUUUACUAUGGACCAGGGACCGGAGUCCUUCCACCAAUCCUCAUACUAGGAUACGUUGCCUUCAACACCCUCGGCUUCUUUUUACUCCCAGGGCUCAUGAUAGGGGAACUUUUACCUACCAGAGUUCGAGGACUCUGCGGAGGUUAUAUAUUCUGCCUCUUUAAUAGCGUCCUGUUUGGUUUCACAAAAUUAUAUCCCGUCAUGAAGAAUAACAUCGGUAUGUCCGGCGUAUUCGGACUCUUUGGAGCUUCGGCCUCUCUGGCUACUGCGGUUCUAUUCCUCCUACUUCCCGAGACGAAGGGAAAAUCUCUCAUUCAAAUAGAACAGUAUUAUCAAAAGCCGAACAUAUUAUGGAUGACGCGGAAAAAGGCAGCUGACUCUCAAAAUGUUUGAGGAAAAUAUAUAAAGUAUUAAUUAUUCCUUAUGUUACGUAGAUUGAACUUAAAUGUAGGCGUCAUGUCACAAUUCAAGGUCUUAGGCACACGGAAUCUGACGUAUCGUCUAAACAGCUUGGUACUCAAAUAUCACGAGCACCUAUUUAAUAGUGUUAAGCUUAACUUAGGCCCUUUAUGAAAUUUUAUGUGUUAAAUUUAAUGUGGCCUUCUAUUUUAUAUCGUCGAGAUAUUAUAUAUGCUUAUAAAAUACGUAAAGUUUUGCCUUAUUGCAUGUUUGUCAUAAAUUUAAGCUAGGAACAUAUUGAUGUCUAUAUUAUAUUGAAUGUUGUCCGUUUAUUGUGUAAACAUAUAACAAUUUAUAUGUAGUUAGGUUUACAAACAUUAUACUUAACAUAACCUAACCUACGUUCAAUGUUCCCUCCGCAUAGUAAAACUUUUUGAUAAAAGCAUUUAAACUGUGUCUAUAAGUAUCUAUAAAUCCGAUAGAAGUUGGUAAAGGUGUCGCGUUUAGUAAAGAGAUAAAUGAUUUGAUGUCAGAGAGAUAUUUUAUGUAUAUGAGCGUUGCAAUUGAUAAGAUAAUACACAUAAUUUUUUCAAUAUAAAUAUGCCAAAAAAUCUGCUGAUUGUGCCGUAGCCAAAUUUAUAGACAUUUACAUAAACAUAGUAUGUGAACUGAAAUAAUAACGCUCAUACACAUAAAGACAUUAAAAAACAAGUAGGUACCAACACCAUAUUUGUGAUAUGAGAUUUUUAUCUGUGAUUUUUACAAAGACCAUAUUACAAUUUAGGUGAAUACACAAAAUAUAUUUAUAGGACCGUUAAUUUCCUAUACAAUAGGAUGUCUUCAAACAUACAAAUAUACAAUGUGAUAUAAAUAAAAGCUAAACUGUU